AUGGACUGCAGCUCUGUUCUGCAGGUGUUUCUGUGCGGGCUCGUGCCGAUGGAGUCGCUGCAGAACACUCCGUACGAGGAGAAGAUCUUCAUGCAGUGGAAAGCUCCCAACGAGACCAACGGGGUCAUCACACUCUACGAGAUUACCUACAAGGCCCUGAGCUCGUUGGACCCCAGCGCUGACCUGACCACUCAGAGGGGACGGGUGUUCAAGCUGAGGAACGAGACUCUUCACCUGUUCGUGGGUCUCUACCCGGGGACCACCUACUUCUUCACCCUCAAAGCCUCCACCAACAAAGGCUUCGGCCCGCCCGUCACCACCCGCAUCAGCACCAAGAUAGCCGCCCCCAUGAUGCCUGAGUACGAGUCUGAGGCUCCGCUGAACGAGACAGAGACCACCAUCACCAUCCUGCUGAAGCCCGCCCAGUCCCGCGGUGCACCGAUCAGCUCCUACCAGCUCGUCGUAAAGGAAGAGCGCAAAUCAAAGAGCCGCCGUGCUGCCUCCGAAGCUCCCGAGUGUUUCUCUGCCCCCGUCAGCUUCCGGAACGCCUCCAUCCUGGACUCGUCUUACUACAUCGCUGCUGAGCUGCCGCCGUCAAGUCUGACAGUCGUUCAGCCUUUCACGGUGGGAGACAACAAGAGCUACGGAGGCUUCUGGAAUCCUCCGCUGUCUCCGGCUAAGAGCUACGUCAUCUACUACCAGGCCAUGAGCCGAGCCAACGGGGAAACCAAAAUCAACUGCGUCCGCUUGGCUAACAAAGGUGCUUCCACCCAAGACUCGGAUGCGAUGGAGCCGGAGAAGCAGGUGGACAGCACGGUGAAGAUGGCUGGCGUGAUCGCGGGGAUCCUCAUGUUCAUCAUCAUCCUCCUCGGAGUCGUCCUCACCUUCAAACGCAGAGAGAUUCACACAUGGAGAACUCUGAGCGUGGGGAAGUUGGCUAAGAAGCAGAAGGAGACGGCAAGCAGCUCCACCCAGCAGAGGGAGAUGGGGCCGGUCAGCACGGCCGAUAAGAGCACCACUAAAGUCAGCACGCUGCACAAAGAUGACCCGUUCUCCACCUCCAACCAGGACCUCAACGGAUUCACCUCCCCCUCUCCGUGCUCCUUCUCUGUGCAGGGAAGCAAGACGCUGCAGAGCAAAUCCCUGCUGAAUUCCUACUACUCAGUGUCCAAAGAGCCGGUCCCUGCCACCACCUCAAUAGACAGCAGCCAGCCGUCUCUGGCCCAGCCCUCCCUGACGCUGCAGAGUUUUCCUUAUGGAGGCUGUGAGUCUGUGGAGCUCUCCUAUCAGAGUGGUCAGUUCCAGGCCGGUCAGUUUCAGCCGGCUAUUCGAGUCGCUGACCUCCUCCAACACAUCACGCAGAUGAAAUGUGGACAGGGCUACGGCUUCAAGGAGGAAUAUGAGGCCCUGGCGGAGGGACAAACGGCACCUUGGGAAACGGCCAAGAAAGACGAGAACCGCAACAAGAAUCGCUAUGGCAACAUCAUCGCUUACGAUCACACCAGAGUCCGCCUGCAGUUGCUGGACGGAGACCCCCACUCUGACUACAUCAACGCCAACUACAUCGACGGGUACCACAGACCCAGACAUUACAUCGCCACACAAGGGCCCAUGCAGGAGACGGUGAGGGAUUUUUGGAGGAUGGUCUGGCAGGAAAACUCGGCCUCUAUCGUCAUGGUUACUAAUUUGGUAGAGGUGGGCAGGGUGAAGUGCGUGCGCUACUGGCCGGAUGAGACAGAGGUCUACGGAGACAUCAAGGUGACCCUGAUAGAAACUGAACCGCUGGCUGAAUACGUCAUCCGGACAUUCACCGUUCAGAAGAAGGGUCACCACGAGAUCAGAGAACUCCGUCAGUUUCAUUUCACCAGCUGGCCCGACCACGGGGUUCCCUGUUACGCCACCGGGCUGCUUGGCUUCAUACGGCAGGUCAAGUUCCUCAACCCGCCGGACGCCGGGCCGAUAGUGGCACACUGCAGCGCCGGUGCGGGGAGGACGGGCUGUUUCAUCGCAGUGGACAUCAUGUUGGACAUGGCCGAGAACGAAGGCGUGGUGGACAUUUUUAACUGCAUCCGAGAGCUGAGGUCACAGCGAGUCAACAUGGUGCAGACGGAGGAGCAGUACGUGUUCGUUCACGACGCCAUCUUGGAGGCGUGUCUAUGUGGGAACACAGCCAUACCCGUGUGCGAGUUCAGAGCCAUCUACUACAACAUCAGCAGACUGGACCCGCAGACCAACUCCAGCCAGAUUAAAGACGAGUUUCAAACGCUGAACAUAGUGACCCCUAGAGUCCGUCCAGAGGACUGCAGCGUGGGUUUGCUACCAAGGAACCACGACAAGAACCGCAGUUUGGACGUACUAUCAGCGGAUAGAUGCCUUCCCUUCCUCAUAUCAGUGGACGGAGAGAGCUCCAACUACAUCAACGCUGCACUCAUGGAUAGCCACAAACAGCCAGCGGCCUUCAUCGUUACCCAGCAUCCUUUGCCAAACACCAUGGGCGACUUCUGGAGACUGGUGUUCGACUACAACUGCUCGUCCAUUGUAAUGCUCAAUGAGAUGGAUGCGGCACAGUUGUGUAUGCAGUACUGGCCGGAGAAGAGUUCAUGUUGCUACGGUCCGAUACAGGUCGAGUUCAUAUCGGCAGACAUCGAUGAAGACAUCAUCAACCGGAUCUUCAGGAUCUGCAACAUGGCCAGGCCUCAGGACGGUUACCGCCUGGUGCAGCACUUCCAGUUCAUCGGCUGGCCGGCGUACAGAGACACGCCUCUCUCCAAACGCUCCAUCCUGCAGCUGGUCAGGAGGCUGGCUAAAUGGCAGGAGCAGUAUGAUGGAGGGGACGGGAGGACUGUGGUGCACUGCCUUACCGGCGGAGGGCGUUCUGGAACGUUCUGUGCCAUCUGCAGCAUCAACGAGAUGAUCCAGCAGCAGAACAUUGUGGAUGUUUUCCACACCGUAAAGACGCUGAGGAACAACAAGACCAACAUGGUGGAGACCAUGGAACAGUACAAGUUCUGCUAUGAAGUGGCUCUGGAGGCGCUCAGCUCCUUCUGAUUGGCCGAGGGGCUGAAAAUCCUCUUCUCUUUUCUGAUUCGCCGUUGAUGCUGCCUGCCAUUCCUUGACGCAAAACCGGGCGACACAGAGCGCAAAAAAAAUAAAACUGCAGCUGCUGUCGAAACCCGAAAACCCCGACCUGUGAGCGUGUGUGUGUGUGUGUGUGUGUGUGUGUGUGUGUGUGUGUGUGAGAGAGAGAGAGUGUGUGUGCUUGAUUUAAUGUGUGGGCAAAGAAAGGGCAUGCUUGCAUAUUCGAGUGUGUGUGUGUGUGUGUGUGUGUGUGUGUGUGUGUGUGUGUGUAUCUAUAAGUGUGCCUGGGACACACACGCAAGCUGUACAGAAGAAAACCAAGCGACGAGCAUACACACGGAGGAUCUGUGUGUGUGUGUGUGUGUGUGUGUGUGUG